UCGUGAUUAUAACAGGUGGAACUUGGAAGUCAUUUCUUGCGAUGAUAACAAUGUAAGCAGUGCCAUACGCUCUUACAAGUUACGGCUUACAAGAAACGUGAAUAACCGAAAUCAGAAACUUAAAAAAACAAAACAUGUCAAAAACACACACAUGACAGGUAAUAACUCCUCCACCUCAAGACAAGCCAAGUGGUUGCUUAUACUGGGAAGUUUCCUCCCGUGACAUUAAGUUUGCCAUGUGUGUUGUUUGACAGCAAUAUUUACCUUCGUCCUCCUAAAAAAGUAGAUAUCAGAGGCACAUUGAAUCAUGAGUAACCCUGUCAUCUUCUAAAUUUCACUUGAAAGUCUUUGCUACUAACUAUUAAAAUGAUUGUGAUUAUAACAGAUGAAACUUGGAAGUCAUUUCUUGGGAUGAUAUUCAGGGACCAUAUGCGCUUCGUUCUUGGCAUCUAUUCUGAAAACACUGGCACAGAGGACUCUAACUUGGCUGAAUUCUAUGCUAUCCACGAGAGCGACUCUUUGAAUGCCAUUAGCUGGGUCAACAACCAUAAUAAAGCUCCGUGGAGGAUGAAGAACAUCUUGAAUGCCCUUGAGGUUUACCUACUCAACAGUGUAGGGAUCUCCUUCAACAACAUCAUACGAGAAGCCCAUACCUUGGCAGGCGGAUUGGCCAAGGCAGGCGGUGAUAAGAGCUUCAAACUUCAGAUCCUACUUUCAGAACCAUCAGAGAAAGAUCAUAUCCUUCAACUGGGUGCCUGUUCCUUUGCGGCCUGAGCCUUCCCCAUGAGAUUCAGUGGAGUUCUUCCUCCGUCGCUCAUUAUGCCCAGCCAAACGCCUGCGACAACUUCUUUUGGCUUCAUCAAAUUCAGAAAGCACGUGGAAUCUG